GAGAACACGGCCAGACAUUCGUAAGCCGACUCGAAGCAGAGCGACCUACGCGACGAGAAAGCAGACCAAAUAGAAACAAGUCAUGUCAUGAUACAGUUAAUCCCCCCUCGACGUUGUUGCCAUCAGCGCUGCGGACAGUAAUUUAGUACUGACAUUUAUGUUGCUGAGUAACAACAGCAUAGGUCCAGUCAUAUUCCACAACGGAUGCACCUGGACUCUAAGCGGGCUAUCUCGGGCUAUCUCGGGCCAUCAACCCCCUGCACGUCAUUAGCAAUACGCAACCCGGAAUUCCGCGUACACCAUACUAUGUCCGGAGUUCAGGGUACACCCUUCCUUGAACCAUACAAAAGCACCGGUUCUUUUGCGAACAGAUCGGGGAAGAGUGUUUUGGUGGCUUCUCAUAACCUCCUGCAGUCAACCAUAGCAAUGAGCAAUCAGUCGUUAGGAAUGGACGAAAUGAGCGUUGGACCUGUGCCAGUCCGCAGUUGUGGUCUCUGCAAGAAGACUUUUAGACACAAAUCCUCUCUUGUAAGGCAUAGCAAGAAAUGCACUCUCGGGCCCACGCCAUCACUCCGGCGAAAGGCCUGUAAAGGCUGCAUAUCUGCCAAAGCCCGCUGCGAUUUGCUCCGGCCUAGCUGCUCCCGCUGCAACACCCACGGAGUUUCCUGUGUAUACGUGCGCCCCAUUCAUGAUUCGGUUACCACCACCUUAUCGUUGCCCGCAGUCGCCACUCCUUGCCAGCUCCCUGCCCGUUCCCAGCCAGCCCAAGAUGCCUACUUCUCCACAAAUGGCAACUUUUCCGCCGCCUUGGAUACAGCCAUCGAUACGAUAGUACCGGAUGACAAUUUCUUCAACGACAACUCGGUCAACGAGGAUGUUGGUUUCUCUUUGCUGUACCCUGGUCUCAGCUUAGAUCCGUGUCUCAGCUUAGAUCCGUGUCUCACGAGCAACAACUCUUCAUCGUCGUCCUCCUCAGCAAGUCCGCAUCCGGGUCCACCGCCCCGGACCUCUGAGAACCUCGAGUCUUGGAUGUUGGCCGUGGUGUCGAGGAAACUUACUCCUGAUCCAGAGGAGCUCGUCAAACACAGUAUGCGGCACGUCUUUCGCGUCUUACGCUCGUGGCCUCGGAUGCUAGCUAAGAGCUUCCAACUCCCGCCCAUGAUUCACUUCUCUCAGUUUAGAAACGGCACGCCCCGGCCCCUGGCGAACUGCAUCACACUUUGUAGAAUGUGGUUGGGGCAGUGCGAUAGUGGUGCCACAACGAUGGUGGAGGAUGCUGUGAGACAGGAGAUUGAUUCUCUGCUCGCAAAGUACCGAACCUACGACCAACCCACCCUUCUCGCCUCCCUACAGGCCAUCCUAAUCUACGUUCUCCUCCUCUUCUUCCCCUCCCCGUGCCAAUCCCACUUCUCCCUGAACAUUCCACCCUCUCUCUUCACCGAGAUCGAGACGCUCGCCAACUACGUCUCGUCAACAGGCCUCAUCUUGCAAGAAGAAGACAACCACCAGCGUCCCCCUUGGCACGUAUGGGCGCACAUCGAGGCCAAGCGCCGCGCCAUCAUAUCUCUAUACCUCCUCCACUGGGCCUACGGUAUCUACCGCUUUGCGCGCAGUUUCGACUGCCGCGAGCUGUCGCGCAUACCGGCGCCGGGGGCGAAAUUUCUCUGGCAGGCGGGGAAUGAGGAGUCGUGGAAUGCUCUGUAUACGAGGUGGUUGGCGCAGUGGGAUGGAAGGGAGUUUAUGCAGGCGGAAUUUUUGUGUAUUGGCCCUGAGAUCUUCAUGGAUAAACGGGCGGAGAUGUGGCUCGAUGACGCGGAUGAGUUGGGGUUGUUGAUGAUGAGUAUUGUGAAUGCUAGUGAGAGGGAUGUUUUGAGGACUCUGGGGUAGCAUGGGGUAGCAGGAGGUAUGGGGUUGGCGCUGGAAUUCAGCAGGGGGUUAGCAGGGGGCAUGGGUUGGCGCUGGCAUUUAACAGGGGGUGGGUGUAAGUGAGAUAUGGUUGAAGUGCAUGAUUGAUGUCGAAAAGUGUUUUUAUGUCUCAAAUUCUUUUGCAUCAGACGUGUGCCGUAACUCAUGUUGGAGCUGCCAUUUCUUAGGCAAUCGAACAAGAGUAUUACCCAUAGAUAAAAUUUGGAUUCUGUCAAGUUGAUCUUCGGGUGAAAGCAUCACCGAACACAAAUUAGGAUACUGACUGCCACGAUUCGAUUGCCUCUGUCUCUGUACCGUUGCGUCUUGAGAAGCUUCCAAACAUGUUUGCUACACCAA